AUGUCAUCGAGAUGGUUCUCAAAGCGAAGAGAGCCUGCUAGUGAAAGGUGUCUUGACAUAGAAGUCGAAGAAGAUGAAGAUGACGACAGGGCCUUAGAGAUUGAGAGAGAAAGAGUCUAUCACGAUAGAAGAGAAGCCAGGGGCCACACAAAGUAUGGUCAGCAGCAGGCCUAUUUAAGCAGCAGAGCAGAACUCGAGCGUCAAGAUCCUAAAAUCGAUAACGCCGACAAGUAUGGACAACAGAUAUAUCCGAGGGGUAUAUCCGCGGCUCCCAAAGGCCAACUCCAACCCCCUAUAUCAAGGCCAUCCCACCGUGAAGGGCAUUCCAGAUUUGAAACUGCUAGCUCUCGGAACCGAGCACAGUCUCGCGAUGAACCGGGUGGCUCAGUUCCUUCCGCACCCCAGGAAUAUUGCCGGAGGCAUCGGCUCGCGUCAGAAUCACAAGAACGCGUUCACCGGCGAAACAUAGGUGGGUACGACGAAUGGCUAGCUCGGCGAGAGAAAAUAAGGCGAGCAUCGCAAGCUGAGCCACUUGGAGAGCCGAUUGACGACCAUAUAAUGUCCACGAAAUAUCAAGCGGUAGAUGAGAGAUUUAACCGCUUUCUUCCUACCGAGGCCUUUUCGCUUUCCAAGGGGGAGUUUGAGGGAAUUGUAAACUGGGUGAAUGGGGAAAAUUAUCAUCCAUGGGAGGAGAAGCCGUCCAAGAGCAAUGAUCGGCGGGUUAAGUAG